AUGGGUGAUGGCGCCAUGGAGGCAAACGAAUCUGAUGGCGCUCAUGAUGACAAAGUGCACGUGAAGGCGCCUGAGUGCAUGGAAGGGGACUGCGAGGACGUGCUGUUUGAUGCCGAGGAGGACUCGCAGAGCUGCAGCGAGUCGGGCGAGCUGGCAGCCCCCGAAGGCGCAGAGAUCGGCUCGGUGGAAACCGAUGGCUUGGCAGGUGCUUGA